ACGGCGGGGGGGACAGGGUGACAUUCGGCAGCUCCAUCACCCCGGCUCCUGUGGGCAGCACAGGCAGCUCAGGGCUGCGGGAAAGAGUGUUACCCUCCUCGUGUCACCCCCUCCCGUGUCACCCCCUCCCAUGUCACCCCGUCCCAUGUCACCCCCUCCCAUGUCACCCUGUCCCUUGCCACCCCCUCCCGUGUCACCCCCUCCCAUGCCACCCCAUUCCAUGCCACCCCAUCCAUGCUGUGACCCCCCUGAUCCUCCUGACCUGACUUUCUCCUGCCCUGCCUUCACUUUUGGGGUUCCCCCCACUAUGGUAUCCCUGUCCCCCAUUAGCUGUGUCACCCCGUCCCUACUGUGUCCAUCGUGCCCCCAGGGACACCCCACCAGCCCUGCCCCGGGGGGUAAAUAGAGUAGGACCUACUUGAAUGGUGGGGAGCACUCGGUUGGAGGCGGCGGGCGGGUGGGACCUGGCUGUGGGGCGCCCUAUAUGUGGGAGGAGGGGGGAGGUGCUGCGGAUUUGAAGCUCCACCCACUAUCUCCCCCCCCCUUCCCCUGGUAGUGAACCCCAAAUCUCUCACCCCCCAGCACUGACUCUGUCCCUGUGGGGAGCUCUGGGGCAGCACCUUGGGGUGGCCCCAGCUGUGCCUCAGUUUCCCCCCCUGGUACAGGGCGGGUGCAGGGGGGCCGCUGCCCAUUGUCAGGCAGCGCAGAGCGGAAGGGGCCCCACUGUCACUGCCCAGGGACGGUGACACGGGGCAGGGGGGCAGCCAUGGAGAAGCCUGCCCCCCACCCAUUUCUGACCCCCCCCGGGGCAUUGGUUUGGGGGUCCCAGGGCAGCAGGGAGCCCCCUGGGUGGGGACAUGGGGACAUUGGUGCUGGGACAGCGAGUGUGAGCAGGGGCCAGAGUGUCCCCACGAUGCCAUCUCCUGCCAUGCACUGACUUCCUGCUGUCACCCGCCCGCAGCUGUUGUGUCCGGUGAUGGUAUCGUGGGGACACAGGGGACACGGGGGGGCCCUGCGCCCGCCACGGCACCCACGUCUGUCACAUUCCCGCAGGGGGGACAGGUCACCAGGCUGGGGAUGGGGGUCUGGGCUGGGGACACAGGUGGUGGCCACGGGGUGAGAGCGCUGGGGACAUGGGCUGGUGCUGGGAACACGCUGGUGUCCACAGGGUGAGUGUUGGGGACAUGGGUUGGUGCUGGGGACACCGGUGGUGGCCAUGGAGUCCGUACUGGGGACAUGGUUUCGUGCUGGGGACACGCUGGUGGCUGUGGGGUGGCAGUGCUGGGGACAUGGGCCAGUGCCAGUGCAGGGACACAGAGGGUGGCCCUGGGACGCUCCCUGGGGACCUAUCCGGUGGCUGGUGGCCAGUGGCCGGUGGCUCUACCCGGGCGUGAGGCCACGGAGGGUGACAGUGGCCAUGGGGGGUGACAGUGGCUGGUGGCCGGUGGCCAUUUCCUGCCACUAAUCAGCACUAAUUGGCUUUGCCCAGGAGCCCGCGGGGGGGCCGGGGGGUAAGAGGAUUUCCCUGUCACCUCCUUCGGGCUCGGACGCCGCGGGGUCCCGCUCCCUGCCCACCCAUGCCACGCUCCCGCGGGGACAAGGGGACCCCCAAAGACACAGAGACCCCCAGCAAGGGGAAAGGUGGGGGGGAGGUGGGUGAGAAAACCCCCAAACCCCCCGAAACAGGCAGCCCCCCCCCGGCUGGCAGCAAGAGCCCCGGCUCCGAGUCCCGGCACGGUGGCCAGAAGAGUGGCAAGAAGGGACACGGGGACCCCCACGCCGCUGCCACCAAGACCUACUCGCCCUUCCUCAACACUGUCUUCGGCAAGGAGCGGGAGCUGUCACCAGAGGAGCUGGACGAGCUGCUGGACGCCUUCAAGGAGUUUGACACAGACCAGGACGGGUACAUCAGCUACAAGGACCUGGGCGCCUGCAUGCGCACCCUGGGCUACAUGCCCACCGAGAUGGAGCUCAUCGAGAUCUCCCAGCACAUCAAGAUGAGGAUGGGUGGCCGCGUGGACUUCGAGGACUUUGUGCAGAUGAUGGGGCCGAAGCUGCGGGAGGAGACGGCUCACAUGGUGGGCGUGAGGGAGCUCAAGAUCGCCUUCCGGGAGUUCGACAUGAACGGGGAUGGGGAGAUCAGCGGGGCCGAGAUGCGGGCGGCCGUGGCGGCGCUGCUGGGGGAACAGCUCAAGGCGCAGGAGGUGGACGAGAUCCUGCAGGACGUGGACCUCAACGGGGACGGGCACGUGGACUUCGAUGAGUUUGUUAUGAUGCUGUCAUCCCGGUAACGAAGCUUUGGGGCAGGAGGAGGGGACCCCCCACCCCGUUCUUGUCAGGAGGAGGGGACCCCCCCGCCACCUCAUCCUUGUCAGCAGGAGGGAACCCCUCCACACACCCCAUCUUUGUCAAGCGCUCCCUGCUCACACAACCAACCCAACUUCUCUGCCACCAUUAGGGUUCAGAGUGAACAACCAGAGCUGUGCCCGUGUCUGGGAGCUGGGCAGACACGAGACCCCCCCACCCCAACAGCCCCCGGGGGUGGCGGCAGCGCAGGGGGGGCGCUGGGGGAGCCAAUAAACCCCCUUGAUCAGA